UCCAAGUCUGAAAUAGAAAUCAUGCCCGUGACUCUGGGUUAUUGGGAUAUCUGUGGACUGGGUCACGCCAUCCGCCUGCUCCUGGAAUACACAGAGACAAACUAUGAAGAGAAGAGAUACACCAUGGGGGAUGCUCCCGAUUAUGACCAAAGCCAGUGGCUGAGUGACAAAUUCAAGCUGGGCCUGGACUUUCCCAAUCUGCCCUACUUAAUUGAUGGGUCACACAAGAUCACCCAGAGCAAUGCCAUCCUGCGCUACCUUGCCCGCAAGCACAAGAUGUGUGAGUGGGAGACGGAAGAGGAGAGGGUUCGUAUGGACGUUUUGGAGAACCAGGUUAUGGUCAGCUGCAUCCAGCUGGGCAUGCUCUGCUAUAGUCCUGACUUUGAGAAACGGAAGCCAGAAUUCCUGAAGGGCCUCCCCGAUCAGCUGAAGCUCUACUCUGAGUUCCUGGGGAAGCGGCCAUAGUUUGCAGGGGACAAGAUCACCUAUGUGGAUUUCCUUGUCUAUGAUGUCCUUGACCAGCAUCGUUUAUUUGAGCCCAAGUGCCUGGAUGCCUUCCCAAACCUGAAGGACUUCUUGGCUCGCUUUGAGGGCCUGAAGAAGAUCUCUGCCUAUAUGAAGAGCAGCCGCUUCCUCCCAAGGCCUGUGUACUUAAAACAGGCCACAUGGGGUAACAAGUAG